CCCCUGAGUGGGCGCGCUGGAACUACCGCUCCCGUGACGCCUCGCGAUUGUGACUUGAGGCGCUCAUUGGUGGGCGCAGCGCGGUGUCCGACGGGAGAUGUAGUCUCCUGUGGCACUGGCGCGGUCUCCUGGGGCAACGGCACCCCGGGGCCUGUGCUUUGCGGCUGAAGCCAGGUGCUGUCGUAUGUCAAUGCGGGAAGAGGCCAGCGCAACUACUCAGAAUGUCUUCCACAAGAAGGCCCCUUGGCCCUCCCCGGGGUGUUUUUGACUUCAAUGAUAUGUUCUUGGAGGACUCAAGGAUGGAAGAGAUAAGGAACAUACAAGCCCGAAGUCUUGGCCAAGUAACGCCCGGGCAGAACAGAAUCCUAAAGAGAAACCAAAGGAUGGAUGAGAAAUACUUGAUGCCCAAGGAGGAGGCCAUGCCAGGGAAGGGGUCAAGGUUGGGCUUGAGGCCCCCCACCGUCUCCUCCAAGACCAGAGCCCAUGAGGCCCUUAGGAAGCUGGCCCAGAUUGAAACCAAGAUCCAGAGUCGGAAGCAGGCGCCUGCGGCUUUGUCUGACACGGAGUCUGACUCGAAGGCCAGCGAGAGGCGUCUCCCGAAGGACACAGAUACAGCGCCUGAUCUUUCUUCUCAACAUCCACACAGAACUUUCCAGAAACAAGCCUGUAAAGCGCCCCCAGCAAAGAGCGAUGGGCACAGUGGGACAGGUAGCAGGUUUCUGAAGAAGAAGAAGGAGCCGCCCACUGAAGCUAGGUCCCCGGUGCCCGCAGUGGAGACAGGGAAGCGCGUCCCACCACCCAGACAGAGAGAACCUGCUGGAAAACGCGAUGCUCCCGACAGUGACGAAGAGGAAAUGAAAGUGUUGCUCGCAAGCCUGAUGGACUCUUCUAGAGAGAAAGAAACACACAGGAAUCGGCAGUUCACUAGCACCAAAGUCAGCAGGAGCGAUCAUGGAAAACUGUCUUCGGAUCGGACUCCAGCUCAGCCAGAGGUCCUGUCUCUGCCCAGUGUGGACCGUUCCAGCCCAAAGCCUUCUCGUCCCUCUCAUUGGCUAGUCUCCCCAUGGACUCUCAAUGCUGGAGACACAGCCUCCCUCACGUCCUCGCCUUCCAUCACAAAUGACCUUUCAAAAUCAGCAUCUUCAAAGAUGGGGUGCAUCAAGCUGGCUUCCUGCCCUAGCAGGAGUGAGGUGGGGGCUUCAGAGGAGCCAGUCUCAGAAGCUACUGAUGACAGUCUCCAUGACUUUAGAAUUAAUAUUUUGUCCAUUGAUGAUCUGGUUCUGGCUGAUGGAGAGAAAUCAGAUGUGGAACAGAAAGAGGAAGGUUCUGGAAGGGAAGGGAUGUCAGGCAGAAGCUCUCCACCCACGUCACCCACUCCACUGGAAGAACAGAGGGCUACCCAGCACGAGAGCUCUGCGUUUCAGGGCACAGGCACCGUGGUUGCAGAUGAAGAGGGCGUCAGCACUGAGGUCUCGGAGCACCUGGCCGACAGCUCCACUGAAGCUGUCCCGUCUCACAGUGUGUCCAGCGUGCCGUCCGUGGGGACCCCCACUGCACUCACGGCCAGCCCGGCUUACUCUGAGGAUUUUGAGCAGUCCUCUGGUCUCUUGGCCUCAGAGGCAUCACUGGACAGGACACAGGACACUUUUUCGCAGUUUUCUUCCAGUAGACGGACAGAUCUUCUUCCCAGACAAUCCCUAUCAAGGACAAAGUGGGGCGAAGGUGUGACCAGAGUCGUGAAGGAGACAGCUGUGCAGACUCUUGAUCCUGCCUUUGCCUACCAGUGGAGCAAGGCUGGCGGUAUGGCGGCCAUCGGCCCCACCCUCGGAGGCGCCUACGUGGACCCAGCACCCAUCGCCAGUCACAUUGUCAGUGCGGACGCUAUAGAAGCCCUGACAGCCUACAGCCCUGCGGUGCUGGCGCUGAAUGACAUGCUGAAGCAGCAGCUGAGCCUGACACAGCAGUUCAUCGAGGCCAGUCGCCAUCUGCACGUGUCCCUCCUGCAGUCCCUGGACGGGGACUCAUUUCACUACCACACCCUGGAGGAAACCAAAGAGUACAUUAGGUGUCACAGGCCUGCACCCUUGACCAUGGAGGCUGCCCUUCAGGAGGUGAAGCAGGAGCUUCGAGUCCCAGCAGGUGAGGCUGAACUCUGUCCACCUCCUUCCUCUGGGGCAGGCGAGGUUGGGGAUCCCCAGAUAAUCAGUAACAACCACACAUGGAUUCUAAAGCCUCCAUCUGCCCAGCCAGCUGCUCUGCAGACACAUGGUGAGGACAGCUGA